AUGUUCGAAGAUCCAUUAUCACAUGCCAAUCACUUCAACUAUACAUUACUCGCGUUCAGCGUCGGAUAUUUCCUCUAUGACUUCGUCGACUGUGUCCAAAAUUCCACAACAUCCAUUGUUCCGAUUUUGAUUCAUCAUAUUACCGUUAUUGUAUUCUUCUCUCAUGUUCUUUAUUACACACGGAAUAUUGGUUAUGCCAUCUAUGGUCUUUCAUUAGAAAUUAAUAGUGUAUUCUUACAUGCACGUCGGUUAGUACGAUGGUAUUCACCGUUUUCUAAAACGGUUCAGUUUCAAAACUUCUUAAAGAUAUUUAUUGAUAUUGGAAACUAUAUGACUUUUGUAUUCUUUCGCUUUGGCAUUGUUAUUGCCGGUCUACGUGCGUUACAUCGGGAAGGGUUUCGUUUGAAUCCGAUUGUCAAGUAUUUUACUGUACUGAUUACUAUGGCGAUGGGUGUGUUUAAUCUCAUUCUGUUUUAUCGUUUGGUGAAGAACCAACUGUUCGGAAAACAAUCGAAACGACAAGAACCUUCGGAAGAUGACGUUUUAGUUGUUGAUAAUCGAGUUUUAUUGCCUAGCUAA